GACAAUGAUAGCAAGGUUAAGAGACUAGAUGUCGUUCAGGUCAAAGUUAAGAAUAAAUCUGAUUCUAGGUGCACCAGUGUUGAGGCUUUAUGUGUUCCCACAAUUUGCAGCCCUCUUACUAAUCAAUUUAUCUCAAAAACGCAUGAUUUGGAAGAAUUUGAGGACUUGGAAUUGGCUGAUCAUGAAGGCGAUUCUCCAAACCUCCCAGUAGGAAUUUUAAUUGGGGUAGAUUAUUACCACACGUUCAUGACAGGAAAGGUUGUGCGAAGUAAGGCGGGUCCAGUAGCAUGCGGAACUAAGGUGGGAUGGGUAGUAAGUGGCAAAAUUGGGGCAGGUCUUCCUGACCUGCAUUGUUUCGAGACCCAUAUCCUACGUACCUCAGUUGAAUGUAAAGAAACAUCAGACGCUUUACGACAAGUUUUAGAUAAAUGUUGGUGCGUGGAGACUAUAGGCUCCUCCAGUGACUGUGUGGUCAGUCAGUUUGAAAAUGACAUAGGGCACGAUGGGACCCGAUAUGUAACGAAAUUACCCUUUAAGCCAGACCAUGAGCAGCUGCCAGACAACUUUAAUGUAUGUGAAGGGCGUUUAACAUCUCUAAAACGGCGUUUAACAUCCAAAGGAAUUCUCAGGGAGUAUGAUACGAUCUUUACAGAGUACGAAAAAAAACGGACUAAUUGAACGCGUUCCUUCACAUGAGAUUGCUGGGGAAGUAGGUGGAGUCCAUUAUCUCCCGCAUCGACCGGUCGUGCGUGAGGACAAGCAGACUACGAAAAUUCGGGCAGUUUUCGACGCUUCGUGUCAGGUUAACGGCCCCUCACUUAACCAAUGUUUGUAUUCAGGACCAAAUCUUAUUGCCAAGAUAUUUGACAUCCUAGUGAGAUUUAGGCUUAAUAAGAUAGGCAUCCUAGCAGAUAUAAAGCAGGCGUUCCUUAACAUCGCUAUAUCUAGGGAGCAUAGAGAUUUUGUACGGUUUUUGUGGUAUGACCUCAAUUCUAAAGAGGAAAAAAUAAUCACUUACAGAUUUUUACGGGUAGUUUUUGGACUAACGAGUAGUCCUUUCUUGUUAAACGCGACGUUGAGGCACCACCUUAGCAAGUAUGUAGAGAAGGAGAAUGCAGUCGUAGAGCGUAUUCGCGAGGAUUUGUACGUAGAUGAUUUGGUUAGUGGAGGCGAUAGCGUUGGUACAGCUAAGGAAAUAUAUGAGACUAGUAAAGCCAUUAUGCUAGAGUGA